AUGGCGGGUCCUAUUGAACCCGGACUGUAUCUGGUCAGAACUCCGAUCGGAAACCUCGAAGAUAGCACUCUACAGGCUCUCCGGGUGUUAAAAUCAGCUCAUGUGAUACCUUCUGAAGACACUCGGCAUUCGGGGAGCUUAAAAGGGGGAAACAAUGUUGAAGCGGUGAAGGAAGGUGAAAUUGUGGCGCUCAUAAGCGAUGUUGGAAUGUCGGGCAUCAGUGAUCCUGGUACGGAAUUGGUGAGGGUUUGGAUUUUUCGGGUUGGAGAAUCUGGGUUAGAAAGAAGCCUGGGAUUGGAUUUUUUGGGGUUUGGGGUUCUGCCGAUGGAGGAGAUGUUGCAGCGGGAUGAGAGGAGGAGGUGA